AUGCCAGCUCUAGCGAAAAUCCCCCCUACUGUGAAAACCGCCUUCGUCCUGCACGCCCUCCCCACCACCGCCCGCCCCUCCGCCUCACGUCGGUCUUCCGGGACAGUAUGUCCCACGAUGGGGUAUAUUUCCGUUAGUCGGAGACGGCGUCUAUACGAGUUUAUGCGAGACUCAAAUGUUAAUCCCACCCCACCUGCCUUGCUUCCAAAGUCGUCUACUGAUCCCUCUUCAAAGUCGUCUACUGAUCCCUCCUCAACCGCAACCGCACUUCUGGUCUCACCGCUCGUACCCGCGUACAACCCGCCCGACUUUGCAUCCACAGACGCGACCAACAACGAUGUUGGGGUCGAAAUCGCGAGUCUGCUCGCAGAAAAGGAGAACAAAGUCAAGGAAAACGCAGAAGCCAAGGAGCGCGCAUGGCUUCAGGAGAUAGCCGCUUUGCGCACUCCGCCAAAGGUUGAACCAAUGCCUACUGCUCCAACUUCUACUGGCGCCCCGCAAGCGGUGAGUGACACGUCCGCGGCAACGGCGUCACCAACUUCCUCGGUCACGGAAACCUCCGUCGCGGAAGCCCGGACAGCGCCACAGCCUACUGCCACGUCAUCAUCUUCAUCCCCAUCUCCACCUGCGGCGCCACCUGCUCCCACGGUGUCCGACCUAUAUGACCCCCCGGCAACGUCUUCGCCCUCAUCUCCGGUCUCGGAGGGGGUGCAGCGUCCGUCGGUCCCUUUUUUCUCCAAUGCAAUCAAGACUGUAGUCGACGCAACGGGGCGAGCCUUUACAGGCGGUGUUGAUGCUGUUGAAGACUUUGGCAAGGACCGCAUUGAAGACGCUCAGGAAGUGAUUGAGAAGAUUGGUGAUGACUCGGAUGACAGCUACGCUGAAGAAGUUCUCGAAAAAAUGGCCUCAGAAGCUGGUGAGUUUCUGGAAAAUAUCUCCAAGGACAUGGAUGACGACCCAUCUGCACAAUCAGAAAACAGUACCGGUGCGGAUGCCAAACUGGCCGAUCAAAUGGUCAGUCAGGUCAUGGAGAACGUUGGAGACUUUACCGAUGGUAUCUCACAGGAAGAGGCCGACAAGAUUCUCGCAACAUCGGAAAGCCCCAGAGGCGUCAAAGCGCGCGAAGACUCGAAAAACAUUGGGGAGAAGCUGCUCGACGCGAUUGUGGAAGGCGUAGAUACGCCGGGAGUAGAUGAAACACCCCCUGUCGACAAGAGUGAAUUGAUUGAGCUCGUCAAUACAGGCAAAAUCAAGAACUUGACGGUCACAAAGCUUCGAAGAUUACUCUCUGGCAAUGGUCUCAAAACUUCGGGAAGAAAAUCCGAGCUUAUCGCCAGACUGACGUCAUUUGCAAACACGAAGUAA